AUGGGCUUGGAGGAUGCGGAUAAAGCUGCAGCAGCAGAGUUGGUUAAACAAGCAGCGCAGGCUAUCUUUCUCUUCCCAGAUAAUCUGGAAUCUGGCUCGCCAGAGGAGAACAAUGCUUAUGGCAAGCCCAGUGAUUUCUUCUGGUUCACAAAGUCAGAAUUUUCCGAGAAUGUGCAGCAGCUGCAACAAAAGUUUCUGGCGUCCGCACUCUCACACAUCUUCACCACUAGCCCAAAGGAUGACUAUCAAUGUGAAGCUCAUGACUACGCUGCCCUUUUGCUAUGCUUUCUCCCCCAGCAAGAUGUCAUGGCCAAGGCAGUGCUUGAUGAACAUGUUGAAAAAUAUCUCGUGAUCUUGGGAAAUCUCGCAGGCAAGGUGAAGUCAAUCACCGGUGGUAUGAGUCCAGAAGAUGCAGCAACGCUUUCAGAUCAGCUGGAUCAACUCAAGAUUUCAAAUGUGGCAAAGGACGCAAAGUUACUCUCUCGAUUUCUCAUGACACCAGGCUACAAGAAGUUUGCUUUGUUUCUUCAGGCUGAACUGAGCCGAUCUCAGCAAGAUCAGGCUGCAACACAGCGUGCCGAGACUUUGCAGACUGAUGUGUCUGAAGUCAAUGCAAUCCUGACAGGCCGAACACAGGUGGGGCCGUUCACCUUGAUGCGCUUGGUUGAUAUGGUCAAAACUCUCCAGAAGCUUGUUGAGGGCAUCGCUGCUCUUCCUAUGGGUGAGAGCUCCCAGCACAAGGAGAUCCGCGAGUUCAUCGUGGACCGCUUCACACAGACAGUGGGCAGUUUCCUGCGCACAUGGGAUGUGAUUGGGGCUGAGCUUGUGGAUGAUGUGAUGGCCUUUGCUGAUGCUUUUGGCAAGACGGAGAAGAUGUUAGAGCUGUGUGCUCCGCUGAAACUGACCACCAAGGACGUGCUCAAGAAUGUGGGCUACCUUUGUGAGGCUUUCGCUUUCCAACAUCAUUCAGAACAGUUCAUGCAGGCUCUAUCAACACAAGAUGUGAGCAUAUGGACUGACAAUGGCCAGCCAGAUACACCUCAAGCUGAGCGAGCGCUGCGAUUCCAACACUUGUGUUGUGAUUAUCUGCCAAACUUCAAGCUUUGCGCAGCAUGGUCAGCAUUCACCAAAGAAGCACAGGACGGCUUCGACAAUCUGUUUGGACAAUUGCGGAAGCUAUCGAGGGAUGUGAUGUGGAAGCUGCACAACAUGGUCGUUGAUUUCUAUGGCACCUCCAAUGACAAACCAAAGGACGGGUGGAUGGCAUCAGACCCAGGCCUGGAGAAAGCGCAUGCCGACGUGAAGAGUGCACUCAUGAAACUCCAGGCGCUUUGUCCGGCUGGAGAAGCUCCGUCUUCUGUGAUGAAGGUGCUUGAGACAUCCAUCAAAGAGAUUGACAGCAUCUUAGACGUGCAGCUCACAGCCGAGGAAAAGAAUAUGAAGGCAGAGAUCUGUGCAGAGAUCAAAUCUAUGCG